AUGUCUCUUGAAGAGGCCGAAAAGCCCUCAGUAGGUUUCGUCGAGGAACAGAAACGGGAUGUGAGCCAUAAGGAAGCCCUCGAAAUCGUCCCAAUUGAGCAAGAGGCGACCCAAGAAGCCUACCACGUCCAUCUCAGUUGGCGAUCAUGGCUGGUGGUAUUCAUAACGUGCUUCGCCGUCAUGGCCCAGGUAUUUGUAGUGGUAGCUGCCGGUUCCGUUAUCGCAUUCAUCGUUCGUGAUCUCGGGAAUGGCUCCAUUGCUGGUUGGGGCCCUCUACUCAUGCAAUCUGUAUUAUCGCCGAUAGUUGGUCGCCUAUCCGACGUUUUAGAUAGGAAGUUCCUUGCCACGGUGCCACCCCUGAUCGCGUUUGUAGGCGCCAUCGUGUCUGCCAAGGCAACGUCAAUGGGCAUGCUCAUUGGGGGUGGAAUCCUCAUUGGCGUGACUUUGGCUACAAUAUCCAUUGUCCAAGCAAUCCCUGCCGAGAUCCUGCCGUUGAAAUACCGCGCUCUUGCUAAUGGCUUCGCAUUCGUUGGAGGUGCUCUGGGGGGACUGAUCGGGUCUCUCGGUGCCGGCGCAGUCACUAACGUUAACGUUGGUGGAUGGCGAUACAUCUUCUGGAUCCAAGCCGCUUUUCACGGUAUCACAUCGGUGGGGCUCUUCUGCUUCUACUGGCCGCCCAAACAUGUUGAAUAUCCUAGAAUGUCUUUGAGAGACUAUAUUUGGGCUUGCGAUCCUGUCGGUUCUACACUCUUCGUCGGUAGUGCAACGCUAAUGCUUCUUGCGCUUGACUGGGCUGGAGGAGCAUACAGCUGGUCGAACCCCCACGUUGCUGUACCACUCAGUUUAGGUUUAGUGAUGCUGAUUGGUUUUGCUCUAUACGAAUGGAGGGGACGUUCCGACGGCCUGGUUGCACACGUUUUCUUCCGGCAGAACGCCAACUUCGCAUAUUCGGUCUUCUCCUUCGCCGUCGAGGGCUGGAUCUUCUACAGUGCUGUUAACUCAGUCGUACCACAGAUCGUGCUCAAUCUGGGAUUCGAGAGCGACGCUUGGCGUAUUUCGGUCCGCCAGUUGAGCUACCAGCUUCCCGUUCUAUUCGCUUCCAUUCCAAUUACCUGGUACGCGACUCGAUAUAAAGAUUUGCAAAUACCCUUGCUUGUAACUUUCACUGUAUUUCUAAUCGUAACAAUAUGCUACGCAACCAUCCAGCCAUCAUGGAGCUCCGCGCAAAUCGGCUUCAACGUGCUAGCGGGCAUCGGCCAAGCAGGACCACUUACACUCCUCGUCGCCUGUAUCCAAUUCACUGCGCCUCACGCCUUUCUUUCGACUGCAACAGGCCUAGCAUUCUCCGCCCGCGCUAUCGGCGGUGCCUUCGGCUCGGCUGUCUUGAACGCAAUUAUUAACGGCCGGCUUGCUAGCCACUACGCGAUAGGUGUUGGUAACGCAGCCAUGGAUGCGGGUUUACCGGAGAGCAGUGUACCCGCACUGCUAGAAGCUCUGGAAGCUGGUCAAAUUGGGUCUGGGGUUAACGCCGCUACCACAGCAGUUUGGACAGCGGCUGUUGACGCUAGUAGAUGGGAAUUUGCUCAGGCAUAUAGGCUUGCAUGGGCAAGUGUCAUUCCGUUCGUCGUCUUAGCCAUUGUCGCCGUUGCACUAUUGAAGGGAGUCAAGGAUUUGAUGACAGAGAAGGUAGAAGCUACUGUAGAACACGUUAAGCACGACGGGAGCGCGUGAAGAUCGAUUUGAAGGCGUAUACGGUCGGGUAAAGCACUAUGGAUGAACCAGAAUAUACCAGGUACGGCAAGGUAUCUAUUUUGCAAAUGCAUAGACGACCUUAAAUAUAUUCUUG